AUGGAUGAACCUCAUGACAGUGCUCUACACUAUGGGCACGUAGGACGAGCUGUCUAUCUCCCCGAGGAACAGACCUGGACAUUUACGCGUUCCCUCGCUCAGGCCACGUCGAUCCAGUACAGUGGAACGACCACGACAAGCGUCCCAUCGCCGUACCUUCCAGACCAACCUAAACCAGUACAGAGGGUUCCCGAGAGGGACCUGCGACACGUGAUUGGAGAUUCAUACCCAGAACUAGCGGCAACAUGGUCGACAGUUCGUCAAGAGUCUCUGUCCAGGGCUAUCACGGCAACAAUUGAGCAAUUCGACCCAGAAAGCUCCUCUCUUUUUGAUAUCGGUUUUGCGACGGACAAAAGACGCUACGACAAGAAAUUCCCCUCCGUUCCUAUAGCAGCGGCAGUCUCAGGCCCGUGUCGCAAUGUUUUAUCCUUGCGAACCCUGGAAGAUGCGAAUCUGGAGCUGCAGUCGCCCACGUAUACCGAGAUGCGAGUACCGACAGUCGGCAACACCGAGACUUCAGAAUGGUCCAAGUGGGGUGCACCGAUCCGUCAAGUUCAAUUUGCACGCCCACUCGAAGAAGAUCCCAUCUUCAUGGCUGCUCGUCUGCUGAGAAGCACCACCAUCUUCCGACCUCUUUACCAUAUUGAUCCUGUGCCCAUGCACUUCCCUGAUGACGCUUACCUGCGACCAAUCAACGGGAAGAAGAACUCUCGGCUGGAUACAAACCCAAUUUUGGAAAUAUCAGUGGCGCAAACAGGUGGAUGCUCACAUUCCGAUGUGACUUUCAACCCUUGGUAUCAGCAUCAAUUUGCAAUCAUCGACACAAAAAGUCAAUGGACUGUGUGGGAGAUUGACCAGACGAAGAGUGCUAGACAAGACCUCGCGACGGCCCGGAUUGUAAAAUCGGGCAUCUUGCCUCAUCCCUUAAAGCACUAUCGCCCUCGUCUCGAUGGCUGGGCAUCGAUCCAGUGGAUCCAUGAUGUUGGAUUGAUCAUUGUUGCCAAUCGUCGUGAUGUGAUGAUCUAUGCACUCAUGGAUCCUCAGAUUCCGCCUCGCUCGGUUGUUUUGAACAUGCAGAAGCCGUCCGAGUGGGUGCUGGAUUUGAAAAGGAACCCGCGAAAUCAGUCACAGUUCUUUGUCUUGACGACCAAUCGGAUAUUAUGGUUUGACAUGGGGGCCUUCGGGGAGAAAGACACCCCUUCUUAUUUGCACCCUCGAGUUUCCUGGAGACAUUUUCGAGAUCCAAAUGAUAUCACUCUGCGAUUAAGUGAGCUGGUGGUAUAUAAAGAUCUUCAUCUCAUCCUCUUUUCUCAGCUCACGGGGCUUGUGCAAGCAUUCCCUUGCCCCUUUACAAGCAACGAGGAAACAAAUUCUAUUUCUAUAGCCGAUCCACUGGUCUUAGAUAUGCCCUCGGAUGCACGCGAGUCUGCGGGAUUCUCGACGUUUGUGUUUAGGGAGAUUGCCCAUUCUCCUGCGUAUAACAAACACCUUUACAACCCAGACUUAACUCUUAUCAAACUCUUUUGGAUGACCUCCGAUCUUGCUGUCCAUGAGUCUGUGUUCCAUGGUCCACGGGGAGAUCCCGACGACCCGGACCUGCAUUGCGAGAACAGUGUGCUACGCUUGCGCAAGCGUUAUGCUCCACACAAGCAAGUCAGGAGCGCGCACGAUUUCAUCGUGGAUGACUGGGAUGAAUCGACGAUGCAGCAGAUAGACAUACCUCACUGCCAAAGCCCAAUCGACACCAGCCCUGAAGGCUCAGAUCUGCAGUGGUCUUUGGAUUUCUCACACAUCUACGCAGUAGCUGUUGGACAAAAGGAUCCCCCACAGAAAAGAUCCAAGACAAAGAAAAGACCACCACCGGAACCAAGGACUUUUGAUGGUCUUCUCGCAGAUCUGCAAAGCACUGAAUGGAAGAAGAAGGCCUCCGGCAAAACGGUGCUUGAACUCAGCGAUAAAAGCCUGUCGACCGAGCAACUCGAUCAAAGUGCGGAUGACGUGAAGCGGAUAUUUUCGACCAUCAUGCCCGGUGAUCACAUUGCACACCGGUAUCUAUUUCUCCCACUUCAAUCUCCACACGCAGGGUACGGCAUGCCAACGCGGCUGUCUGAAGACGGAGACAAGCACAUGCUCGAGGCCUACGAUCAAAUGGUCGACGACUGGAUUGCUAAAUUAGGGCCUCAAGUCCCCGUUCCAGUGCGACUCGCCAAAGAGAAGCUCAUCCGCAAGGUUGCAGCCGAGAUUCUUCUCUCGCGCAUCGUUCGAAUCAAGCCAGUACUUGAAGAUCCAAUCACAGCUCAGAAUGAAGACGCCGUGUCCCAGCACCAAACUCUAUCAUCGAGCUUCUCCCAGAUCCCUGCAAGCCAAUCACAGACCCGCACCGGGUCUCAGCGCACACCGUCCAAGUAUGCAGUCCCUGUCCUAAGUGGGCUCUCCGCAUUUACCACAUUCAAGAAACAACGCCCGCUGCCUGGAAACGUAUCCGAUCUCCUAUCGCACUGGUCUGUCGGAGAUGAUCCUUCCUCGUAUGCCUGGGAGAGGCUGGAAGACCAGGAGACGCGAAUUAGCCAGACGCCUCGAACGCCCAGACGCAAGAAGCGCUUGAAGCCCGAUCUUCAACCCUUGCCGGCAACCCCGUUGGUUCCUAUGGUCCGAACAUGGGGCACCCAGCCAACACCGCAGAUCACCAUCAACAGUAGUCAGCCAGCACCGAUGACGCAGACUGAACGAGGGCCCUUUGGAGCAAAGAAGAAGAAAAAGAAGCGAGCGGCGGGUUUUUAA